AUGAUCCUUCCACACAGCUACGCUGUUCUCGUCCUCAAUAGCUUUGGCUUACAACACGCCAUCGACCAUCCCGCUCUUACCGGCUUGGAUAAACCAAUGUACUACAUGCGCUGCCUCACUGCUGCACGAGGCAUGGUCCAGGCCGCUUUCGCUCUGGGCCCGGUGAUGCGCUACGCUCCUGAUUCGCAAUACGUCAUGAUUACGUAUGCUUGCGUGUUUUUGCUCAAGCUCAUCCGACCGGCCUUCUCGGGAUACUCGGACGAGGAUUCGGUGGUGCAAACGGUCUCGCAGACUGCCUCUUUCCUCGAUGAGCUCGCCGUCAACGAGACUCAUACACCCGCUCUGUAUGCCACAUUCCUGCGUACCCUUCUGCAAUCGCGCCUCGAUCAAACAGAAGGCACCCGCUCAGGCGCAGCGACACCGCACCGCGGGUCCAGGGCAGGUACGCCGAGCGGUGCCGCAGACGCCACAGAGACAACGACCCUGCACAACACCGAUCACAAUGGACAGUCGGGCAUGGCUGCUUUCAAUGGCAACGCUAUCGAUCCGUCGAUCGUCAACCGCGGCCCUGCCGUCUCGGGCGGCAUCACCAUGAUGCCAGGCGGACGCGAUGACCUAGCGAUCAACACCAUGCAGGGCAUGGACGCCACGCAGAUGCUCAACGCCGUCAACAACAAUACCGAUCAGCUCCUCAAUGAGAGCUUCUGGUCAUCGCUCCUCCCCCCUGGUUUCGGUGGCCCGCUCGAUGGCACAGGUGGCCACGGCUUGGACACCAUACCCGCUACAUCCAUCUUCUGCAACCACCAGCAGACGCUGGCUGCCACGCCUGGCGUCACACCUGGCAUCACGAGGCCCAGCACGCCAAGCAUGAUGAACAGCUUCCCAGUCGGUCUCACCUUCAAUCCAUAG